GAAAACAGAAUGAAAGGAAAUUCAUAGUGAUAUUCAAGUGAUUCAGUUCAACUUGAAACAUUGUCAAGUAAACUUGACUGUUAUCAUUAGCAAUUUUCAUCCUUCUUUACCUCCACACCUUGCAUCAAGUGUGUUAUUCAAGCCCAACCAAAAUAAUCAUCAGAAAAGGCAAAGGAAAAGAGAAGCGAAAAAAUUGUCGAAAAAAUUGAAUCAAAUGUUUGACUAAAUUAAAUGGUGAGUUUUGUGUUUACGUGAAGAGCAAAUAAAAAAACAUGUGCAUUUCCCGUCAAUGUAAAUAUUGUUGUUGCGUUAAUGCAACCUGGAUUCGUAAUCGCAAGUACACUGGAUCAACAGUGAAACCCAAUUUGACCUGUUCAUCGAGUCGAUCAACUUUAACCUUUAACCAAUUAAACAGACAACAAUGCACCAGCAAAUCUUUACUCAACCCUUCAAUAAAUCUCCUUAAAUCAGGUGUAAGUGAAGUUUGGUGUCAACUGAAAACAUGUUUACAGCCAUUUUUCAAUGGAGAUGAAACAUCAUCAUUACUCUCAUCAAAUUCAUCAUCUUUAAAGUGUCCAACUCAACCAACUCGUAGAAACAGUUUAAUCCAAAUUCAUGGUUUACUUGUUCUCGUAACCUUUCUUUGUUAUGCCAAUUCAAUUCCCGGUGAUUUUGUUCAUGAUGAUAUUGAAGCAAUAGUCCGUAAUCCGGAUGUAAUUGGCAUCAAUAAUUGGACUUCACUUUGGUUUAAUGACUUCUGGGGUAAACCAAUGUCAGACCCAUUAAGCCAUAAAUCAUAUCGACCUUUAACAACAUUAACAUUCAGGCUGAAUAUGGCUCUGAGGAAAGGAGAAAAUGAUUCGACCAUUUCAUGGAAGUUUCGCCUCGUCAAUGUUAUUUUACACAUUCUGGUUGUACAACUGAUAAUGUACACUGUCAAUAAAGUGCUAAACUGUUCAAAACAAAUGUCACUCCUUGUGGCGCUUCACUUUGCCGUUCAUCCAAUUCACACAGAAGCUGUUUCAAGUAAUGUUGGAAGAGCCGAUAUACUUUGUAGCAUAUUUUCACUACUAACAUUUAUACUAUUCUCAAGAGCAUAUAAAUCCAUGCUGCAAGAUAAAAGCAAUAAUAAAAGUAUAAUAUUCCAUCUUGUCUUGUCUUGUACAACUUCAACGAUGGCAUUGCUUUCAAAGGAAACUGGAAUCACAAUUCUUCCAAUUUGUAUUCUUUAUUACGUCUUUAAAUUGACUCAACAAGGAUCAUUAGCCAUAACUCGAAACAGAAUCUGUCUCAUCUAUUGCAAUAAAAAUUUAUCUCAAUCAAUCUAUUAUGAAAGUAAAGCGCAUCAUUCAUCAUCAUCAACUCAACCAAGUUUAACCUGUUUAUGUGCACCCAUUAUUGUACCUGUGAUUAUGACUGCUGCCUUAUUGUGGUUCAGAGUGUCAAUGUUACAUGGAACUCUGCCCAUUUUCAGUCAACAAGACAAUCCAGCGUCCUUUUCCAAUUCCUUGUUAACAAGAUUUUUAACCUACAGUUAUCUGUGUGCUUUCAAUUGGCGCCUAAUUUUGUAUCCGUCGUGUCUAUCGUAUGAUUGGCAAAUGGGAAGCAUACCAUUGGUAACGAAAUUGGCAGAUUUCCGAAAUUUAGAGACUGUCCUAACAUUUGCCGUUUUAGGAGCAAUAUUUUUAAUUUUAUUAAAGUACACUUCAAGCCAUUUGAAUAAAAGUGAAUCUUUUUAUAACCAAUCAUGUCACAAAGUGAACAACCUUUCUACUUCCAACCAAGAUGAAACCAACAUUCAGUCCAAGGAUUAUUUAUAUGAACCUAUUUUUAUUGGUUUCUGCUUCUUGAUUGUACCUUAUUUGCCUGCUUCAAACCUUUUAACCACAGUUGGCUUUGUGGUUGCAGAAAGAGUUUUGUAUCUUCCAAGUCUCGGAUUCAGUUUACUUUUCAUAACUGGAUAUUAUUUGAUAAAACAACGUCUUCUUUCUAACCAUGAACAACACUACACUCGAUGGUUAAACAUCACUUUUUAUAGUCUUGUUAUUGUUUUUAUGAUGAAAACUUUUACACAAAAUGCACAUUGGCAGAGUCGGGAAACACUUUUCUCCGCUGGACUUCUAGCCACACCUCAGAAUGCUAAAAUGCAUUACAAUUACGCCAAUAUGCAAAAAGAUAAUGGAAACAACGAGUUAGCAGUCCAUCAUUAUCGAGAAGCUCUAAGAUUGUGGCCAACACAUGAAAGCUCAUGGAACAAUUUAGCGACUCUUUUAGCUGAUCCUGAAGAAGCGGAAUGGCAUUUACUGCAAGCUCUCAGGAUCAAUCCAUACCAUCCAAAGGCUCACUUUAAUCUCGCUUGUAUUUACAGUAAAAAAGGUUUAAUUAAUCAAGCAAUUAAUUUGCUUCAACGAAGCAUCGAGUUGGAUUCCAAUUUCGCAGAACCUUAUUCAACGUUGGCUUCCAUUUACGCUGAAAAAGGUUUACACUUGGAUGCUGAUUUACUCCAUCAAAAGUCAUUAAAAAUUCAACCCAACAAUCCUGAUUUGAUAAACAAUUACGGAGCCUUUCUACAGAAAACAGGUCAAACAGAGAAGGCAAUAAUCCAAUACCAAAAAGCAUUGAAAAUAAAUCCAAACCAUAAAAUAGCCAAUGCCAAUCUGGCUCAAAUCUGGAAAUCCCUGAACGAUACUAAUUUGAAGUAUUGGUAAGACCAUUGAAAUACAAAGUGGCAGUCAAGGAACAUUGAAACACUACUUUAACUCAUUCCAUAUACAACAAUUUACCGCCAAAAAGCAAUAAUCAUCUACAAAAUUCAGUCUUACUGAAGCAGUGAAGUAACAAUCGAAACGAUUUCAUGAAAAUUGGAGCUGGAUGGCACUUCAAAGCCAUUGUAUUGAAAAGAUGAAACUGGCAAAAUUAGAUAAAACUUAAACAAAAAACAUUUUUUUAUAUUUUAUAACAGCUCAAGAGCUAAAAUUGUAUCAAAUUUUUCUGAUAUCAAAUACCAAAUAACCAACUUGUAAAAUAUUGAAGAAAAAAUUAAAACUUCAAG